GUCCGAAGCGACUUCAAGGCCAAUCGUGGUAUCGAUCCCCAAAACGACGAGCAAAUCAAGAGUCUCUUAUACAACGGACAAAAGAUGUUACAAGAACUAAGACAGUCCAUGGAUUUAGCAUCCGCUUAAGCUCAAAUCAUGCUUUCUUGGCGGGUUUGCCGUCGGUCUUUGGCCACAACCCGCUUAGUACGGUCGGAUCCGAAACUCGAAUACCCCGAGCAUGCUCAGCUUUACCCAAACCAUAUCCCUACCUCCCUGGCCCAAAAGACCAUUUUGGCUCUGGGGAGCUCCCUUAUGGCCCUGAGUGAUCCUUGGCGAGCCGAUAUGGUGGCUGUGAAUGGAGAGGUCACUGGUGGUUUGGCCUUAAAUCGAAUGUAUAACAAGAUGGACGCCCAUCCUGAAGGUCAACAAAUUUUACGACUCAAACCAAGGAUCAAUACAACUACCGUGGAUUUUGAUGCCCUGCGGGAUCUGCCACCCGAUAGUUUGGGGUUCACUUAUGCCACUUAUUCGGAUGAUCAUAAGAUUACACCGGAUUCCAGAGACACGGUUCAAUUUGUGGACGAUGUGGAACUAGCCUAUGUCAUGCAACGCUAUCGUGAGACGCAUGAUUUGGUGCAUGCCGUUUUGGACAUGCCGACUAAUAUGGUGGGUGAAGUGGCUGUCAAGUGGGUGGAGGCCCUCCAAACGGGCUUGCCCAUGUGUGUGGGUGGAGCCGUGUUGGGUCCGAUUCGAUUCAGUCCGAAACAGAUCCGACAAUUCCGCCGAUAUCGCCCAUGGGCCGUGAGGGUGGGAUUGAAUAGUGAAUUUCUGCUCAAUGUAUUCUAUGAGCGGCGAUGGGAUCAGGAUAUGGAUGAUUUCCGACGGGAAAUGAGAAUUGAACCCAAGCCCUUUUGACUUGUGAUGUGAUUCACUAGACUCCGAAAUAAAAAGAAACAGUCCAUUGUAAGUGAAAUUCGAUUCAUAGCAGGUGCCUUCUUUCUUUUUGAUGUUUCAG